UGGUAUACUGCGUGUUUAUCCGUCAAAUGAAGCGGCUUGAAAUCACUUCAACACCCAGACUAAAACCCAAAACCCUAACCCAAGCCAUCCUCUCACUUUCUCGUUAGCCAUUUCCUCUUCCACCAAUGGCGGACUCUGUGUUUUCGAUCCAAUACCUGAAAGAUGUCUUGAAUUCCCAAAUCUAUGAUGAAGAGAAGUGGGCCUUCAACAUGAAAUUGCUGCGUGCUGCUGGAUUGUUUGGAGGAUCAAUACUCCUUAUGCGGAAUUAUGGGGAUCUAAUGGCUAUUUGAAGGUAGAAUGAAGGACCUGAAGCGAGCUGCUACUCAGUGCUUCAUCAGUAGUUUGUAGUUUGGCGUUCAGUCGUUUAUAAUGAGUCAUCGUGGAUCAUUUCUAGUCGUUUGGUGAGAAAGGAGUUUGUAGUUUCCUUUGGGCAUCGAACAAGUAGAUGUAAAGACACGCCCAGAUUGGAUGUAUGCACUUAUUCCUUCUACUUUAAAUUUUCAGAUAUGGGGAAAAAAACAUUUUUGCUUCUA